AUGCCUACCAACCUAAAGCUAAGUAAGGAUGAAUCCGGGAAAGGGGUAGAGGAAACAUUGUAUAGGAGCAUGAUUGGUAGUCUCUUGUACCGCACUGCUAGUAGACCGGACAUAGCUUUUAGUGUUGGAGUGUGUGCUAGGUAUCAGGCAUGUCCUAAGGAAUCUCAUCUCAUAACUCUUAAGCGUAUCAUUAGGUACAUUGCUGGUACUUUAGAGCUGGGUCUUUGGUAUCCAUUUGACACUCAUUCUGAUGUAGCUUGCUACACUGAUGCCGAUUGGGCUGGAAAUGUGGAUGAUAGGAAAAGCACUUCAGGUGGUUGUUUCUAUAUUGGAAAUUGUUUGGUUGCUUGGAUGAGUAAGAAGCAAAACUCUGUUUCGCUUUCCACAGCUGAAGCGAAUACAUUGCUGCCGGUAGUUAUUGUUCCCAGCUUUUGGAUCAAGCAAAUGUUGAGAGACUAUGGAUUGAUCAAGGAACCAUGA